AUGAGAAAAAAUCUAUUUUCUCGGAUAGUAAGAUUCCUCAGAUUUAUAGUUUCCAAGGUGUUAUGGUACCAUGGCAAAUUCUUGCACUUUACCACUUCCCAUUUUGGGUCCCAACACGAAAAGCCUGCAUUCUCAGGGUGGAAGCGGAAACAGUCGAAAAAUUAAGAAAAAAAUAUUUUUUAUCGGCUGUCUGCUCGGAAUCUAUUGUUUUGCAAUAAAUAGCACGGUUUUAGAGGUAAUUACUCACCAGCUCUUGGAUAAUGAGCCUUUUUAUUUAGUACUUUGUUAAUUUUAGGUUAAACUAAAGCUUUGCCUUGAUUUUGAUGGAAAAUUGAUGUGAAACUGAAAUUUUGAAAUAUUUUUGGAGUUUAUGGAGAACGUUUUGCCGAUAUUUGGCUGUAUUUAAUUAAUUUCUAGAGAAAUUUUGAUCUUUUUUGGUCAAUUAGUUCGUUUGUUGUAUUCCCCAUGCAAAAAUAAAGAAAAAAAACAAAAAAAUCGUCAGAAGGCGUUUCUUGAGGUGAAUAAUGAGUUCGUCAUGGAUUUUGCUCUUUCUCACAACUUUCUCGACUACAUUUCCAUAUUGCUCAUGAUGAAUAUCAAUUUAUGUGAAAUUUUUUAUUCACAGUUAUUUACAAUAAGUUUCUUCUUAAAAAUCAUGUGGAACAUUUUUUGAAAAUAUUAAUUUAGAAGAAUCGAACUUAGUUUCUCUUAUUUCAUCCAAAAAAAAGUUUGGAAAUGUACUUAAAAUUUUUAUUGUUUUAGGUCAGCUGCCUUUGACCUAUGAUAAGGUACGGUUAGCAGUGGAACGAGGCAGCCAAUCUCGGGAGGUGAUGCGCCAGUCUCUGGGCGUUUUAAUGGACCGUCAGAACGCGCCGAAUCCUGCCGAGCGCGCCGAUCCGGCAGCCAGUAAUGGAGUCGUGCAGCGAUUUCCUUUGCCUGAGGUAAUGAAUUUGAUUUAUUUGUUUCUUGGUUUUUAGGUAGUGAGAUAAUGGGAUGACCUUCGUGACAGCUCGAUUUUCCACCUUUACGACUUUGAAUAGACUUGUUUUUAGAGAUUUUUGAAUUCUGCGGCUAGAGUACUAUAAAUCCAUCAAUUAAUUGGUUGAAAAUUGCUCGAAAGCUGUUCUAGAAGCCGCCAAAAGCCUUGCUAAAAGUCUGGCUUUCUUUUUCUUGAGGUUUCAACUUAAUGAUUUUAUCUUAUUUUAGGUCCCAGAUCACUACAACACCCCGUUCAUCCCGCUGAAUGUUCUCAUCGAUUUCGCAGUCCAACACUGCUUUCAUGAGCUCACAGUGCUGGCUGAACUCUUACCAAAGAAGAAGGAGACUGAGCGGAAGAUCUCGGUGAUUCAAUUCGCCCAUUCCACUCGAUGUAUCUUCUUGAAGUUGCUGGCAUUAGUAAAGUGGCUUCGACAAACGCGAAAGUUGGAUAUAACUAAAAAUAUUUGCUUUCAUCUGGAUCAAAUCUCCUUCGAAUUUGUGGAAACGGCAGAUAUUUUGUGCCAUCUUAGAGAUGAACUGCUUUCUGCAAGGUAAUUUAUAUUGUACUUGACACCAAAAAAUUUUUUAUUUGUAGCGUGAUUUUAUGAUAUUUUCUAGUCCUCAAAGUAAAUUUUUGAUGGCUUGAAGACAUUUUUGAUCCAAUGUUUACCUCAGUUUUCUUUCAGAAUGCCGAUUUUUCAAGUACAACAUGCCAUGGAAGCGGUUUCAACCGGCCGUUGUAUUCGAAUACCCCAGUGCAUUAGAGUAUGUACAAUUUUAUUGCAUUUUUAGUGAGUUUAGAAGCGAUAUAUCCCUGAAUUGACACUUAAACCGAAGAAGCAGGCUUUGACCUUAUACCGGUUGAAUCAGCUGAUCCAAAGGCGGCUUGCACUUGAAGCAGCUAAUCUCCCCGCCGGCUAUAACUCUGUGGAAGUGAGAAAUGGCACUGUAAGUUCUUUUUUAUUAUUUGUUUUUGCUUUUAGACGGCGAAUGGAAGGAGUUGCUAUAUUAUCCAUGGAUGCUGUUCGAAAUUUUUGAUAUAAAAGACGAAUUUUAUAAAAUUGCUUGCUUUUUUUGGUCUCAUUUGAGAGAAAAAUGUGCAAUGAAACAAAUUGCAGGCAAUUCUCACGGCUUACAAUGAGUUCGAAGCCACUGUUUCCCUUCUACCUCCAAGCCCGGGUGCUGAACCUCAAUGGCUCCUAUUACAUCUAAACAUACUGGUGGAGGACUACGAAGUCGGUCAAGGAGCACCUCUUGUCCAUCCAAUGCAAACCAACUACCUCCACGAAAUGUGUCAGCACAAAAUGAAGGAGGCGGAAAAUGUGGGUCUAGUGUAAUAUAAAUAAAUAUUUUUUUAAGGUUUAAUUCACUUUUUUGAUUCAUUUUUAGCCCCUCACCGCCCUCUACGAAGUCCUGCACAAGUUUUGCAUGAAGCUGCAGCUGGAUGUUCUAUAUUGUCAAGGCCUUUAUUUGGUCCGAUCCAUAUCCCCGAAAUUCUUGGCCAUCGAAUCCUACGACCCGAGGAAGGAAAGCCUCGUCUUCUCAUACUGGUCUCAACGAAAAUCUCAGCGCCCAGGAAAGAAAACAACACAAUUCGAAUCGGACUAUAGGAUACAUAUCUGGAGAAAUCAAAAAGAGCCCAAUUCGAUAUUACAAAUUAGGCAUUCGCCGCCCACAAGACCCUUGCCAGGACUGUAUAAAGACAAUGGAAGGUGAGAAAAAGUUUAUUUUUUUAUUUGAGGGCGGUUGAAUUGGAAUUGAAGUGGUAAAUUUUUCUUUUCGAAAUUUUUUUAUGUUGUCCAUGACCAUUUUUGAUGUUUUUGGAAAAAACAAGCAGAUUUUUUGAUUUUUGUUCGCUUUUUUUGCUAUAUUCCGAAAAUAUAGGUACUGUUCAUGAUGUCAACAAUUUUUCCCACGAAAAUAUUAGUGACUUUGGAGACAGGUUGACUAAUUUGCAUCUCAAGGUCAUCCGCAAAAAUAACCCUCUUUUCUUCUUUUUUACUCAUGACUCAAAUUGUCGACCUUGGCAUGAAAUGCUUGGUUAUUGCCGCUAGUAAAAAAUAAUCCAUUAUUUCGCUUGUUUCGGCGAUUUUCCACACGAAUUUUCGAGUUUUUCAUUGUUUUAGAGGUCUUUUUGAUGAAUAAUGUAAAUUUUGGUUUUAGUUUAACUUCAAUUCAUCGGCUGGUCAGUGAAACGGUCCUGCUGAGAUGUGGGGAGCGUCUGGAUCAGGUUUUCAAAUUGCUGAAGUCAAUAACGGAGGAUGUGAAAUCGGAAAAACCGAAAAUUCGCAUGGUUGGAACGGCCGCGGUCCGAUUGUUAUUCGACCUUUUGCCCAUGGAUGACUGUGUCGACGAAGAAGCCCUCCAAAUAGCGAUGAAUGCGUUCACUGGAGAGCUGAUUUGCACAGUUCCAGCAUUAGCGGCGGGCCGAAGAAAUGGAAGGGAAAUAAAGGACCUCCCAGAACUGGAAGAGCUCGAAAACAACCUCAAAUUGAAAGCUGCGGACAAGAAGAGCGUCAAGAAGGCCCUGCAGAGACUGCAGAUCAAACUCCUCAAACAACGAUUUGAAUGGGUGCCCGCAGUCCACUACAGAAAAGUCUUUGAGCCAUUUGUAAAUAUCACUUGUAAAGGCGCGAAACAGAUCCCACAGGAACGAAUAUGCUUCCAGUUUUGCUCAGAACCAAAGUAUUUUUUGGUAAGUAGAAGCGAAGAGUGAUUUGAAAGCAGUUGACGCCGGAAUUUGAAAAAAAUUGACAUCAGAUGUCAUGGAUAAUAUAAAUUUUAAAAUUUUCUUGAAUUUUUAGCUGGUUGGCUUCCAAGAAACGGCCGAGGUGGAGUCGCAGCUUCGAUUGUUCCUCUGCAAUACGUGUGGAACGAAAUUAUCCGCAAUUGAUUUGAUGACAUGCAAUAUUGUUGAAGAUUUCUCCAAAAAACCGGAUGUUUUUGGUAAGAAAAUUGAAAAAUCUGUUAGAAAAGUGGUAAAGGUGUAUGAAAUUAAGAGUAUUUCAGAUAGAAAUCUCUAUGACCUUGCCCAGAACAUCAAUGCGAAGAUGUUUUUCCGUGCAAACUCGCGCGCAAACCUCUGGCAAUCAUUGAAUCGCCUGUCCGAGAAGUUGCUCAUCGAAAGAAUGAACGAUCAGCUGAGGCAACUGCGAAUUAAUUCGUCGGUCUGGGACUUUUGUGAAUACAGAGGAUAUAGAGUGGAGUUGUUGGAGUAAGUUUGAGGUUUUUGGGAUGGACUUUUUGAUGGAAAAUUGGCGAUAUUGUAGGAGGUGGGGAGUUGGUUAAAAAAUGAAAAUUUUUGGUGAAAUUGCUUUUUGAAAAAGGAAAGUUGAUUAAUAAUGGGUGUGUUAUGAGGAAUUAAAAAGAUUACCGUUAAAAAUCGACCAGAAUAUAAAGAUUUUUUUCCAAAAAAAAUUUUUUUUUUGGCAAUGAAAGUACUUCUAUGGGAUAUGGAGUUACAGGUCGAGACAUAUAUCAAAAAAAAUCGCAAAUUUUUUCUGAUUCAGAAUGUGUAAAAGUUAGCUGCCUUAUUUUGGUUUGUAAAGCUGAAAAAUCUUCUGAACUUUUCUCGAACACCACACAAAUGCCUCUUUUUUAUAUUGGAAAUACUAAUUAAGGUAUAAUAUUAGUCAACUUUGAUACUUUAAGGCUUGUCAAGAUGCCAAAGUUUAAUCAAAACAAAGCUUUUGAUUUGGUAAAAACUUGGUCAAAAAGGCAUUUGCGUGGUGUUGCGAGAAAAUUUCAGAGGAUUUUUUUCACCCUUACAAACCAAAAUUAGGCCGCUUACUUUUACAUAUUCUGAAUCCGAAAAAUUGUGCGAUUUUUUCGAUAUAUGUCUUGACCUGUAACUCCAUACCUCAUAGUAGUACAUUCCUUGCAAAAAAAAUUUUUUUUUUUGAUUUUUGUAAUUUUUAAUUUUUUUAGUUUCUCCUCGUGCGACCUCCCCAAGGAAGUCACCCAAUACGCCCAAUCCCUCCAUCAUUGUCGAAUCUCAACGAGCGUCGGCCGUGUCAUCCAAUGGGUGAUCGACAUGGCCGUGGAAUACCCCGCCACCUCCAUCCAACUGCCCUCCAAUGCCCUAAAAUCUCACAAAGAAGUGGUGAUAAGGCACUCGAGAAGAUUCCCAUUUGUCCAGUAUUUGCCUGCCGUCUCGAUGAUCCAAUGCUCAUCGGUUUGUCACGCUCUGGCCAUCGCAGCAAUUGAGAGAAUUCGCGUUUGUGCGGUUCUCCAUGAGCCAGUCCGAGAGCUGGAAUUGGCCGCGGAAGUGAGACGAAAUGUGAAUAUUGUCGAUUUUCAUCAUUACCGGUUGACGAUAGCAUAUGGAGAGGACAGGAGGUUCCUGAUGUCCGUGAUUUAUAAGCCCAAGUUGAGAGGAUUCGGCAUUGUUUUUACUCAAGCCAUGAAUGUUCAACGAGAUCAACGUGAAUUGAUGGAUUCCGAAGAGAAUAUGGUCCAUAUCUCGAAGUAUGGAAUCGAAAAAAUAGCAGAUUCGAAGAGUUUCAACGAGAAAGAGACGAAAAAUCAUGUUAACCAUGAGAUAGUGGUGAAUGGGGAAGAAAAAGAGCUCGUAGAUUUGAACGAUUACCUAUACGGAUAUCCACAACCCCCAAACCCGAACAAAGACGCCUCCUGGAACGCACAUUGCAUUGUCGCGCAGCAUUUGACCGACGACUUUAACAGGAAUAAGGACCUAGUUGGAUUGGUCCAUUACCUCCAACAUUCGUACAAAGUUAUGGAUGCCCUGAAGUGGAUCAGGCCGAAACGACCGCACGUACUGGAGGAAUUUGAUGAGAAAUUGGAACAGAAACCCCCGCUGGAACGGCAGGCAUUCGUCAGGGAUUUGAAGGUUGGUUUUGGACUACGAAUUAUGUUGUACUUGGGGUUAAAUGGAAGGUUUUAUAAUUUUUGAUGGAAGGUGUUAAAGAUCGAUGAAUCAUAGAGUGAAUAAGUGGUGUAUAGGAAGAUAAGAUCAUUCUUUAGGUGGAAAAGUGACUGUAUUUUUUCCAAAUUGGUCGAAGGUUAGGUUGAAGAAGCAAUUAUAUAUUGCACUUGAGAUCAUAAGGGAGUUUUGAAGUUUUUGGUCUGGUAGGGGAAGGUAGGCAAAAUUCAUAAUUAGUUAAUAGUUUAUGAGAAGGCUACGAGAUUUUCUGUCAGCUAAAUGCCGUUUUUGUAUGUUUAUAGGCCAAAAUUUGAGUAUGCGGGGCAAUUUUAUAUUGUACUUGAGGUCAGAUCGGACCUUUGGGUUUUUUUAGUCGGGAAGAGGUGAAAAUGGAUAUAAAUCGGGAUUUUUUUCUGAGGGAAGGGUAGCGAUGGGUACGUUCUGAUUGUAAAAUACGAGAUUUUUGGAAUUUGGUUGGCAAAAAUAUUGUUUUAUGGAUCAAAAAAUUUUUAAGACCAUUUUGGUCUAUUUGGGGAAAUUUAUGGAAAAAUUGGAUAAACUUGGAGUUUCCUGGCCUGAAAAUAAUAUACAGGGUGUUCAGAGAAUUAUGGAAAAAACUAUUCAUUAAUAACUUUGCGCUCGGUGGUCCAAUCCGAAAGAAUUUUUUUGCAUUUUACAGAAAAACCUUGGAGUUUUUAGAAUCUAAAAAAAAAAUUUUUCUUUUGUCGGCGGAGACUUCCGUAAUCCGCGUUGAAUUCGGCGCAGUGUUUUUUUCACAAAAUAAGGCUGUAAAUCGUUUUAUGUGUAAACAAAAUGGGCGGAAAAGGAUUCAGAAGAUACAAUAUGACAUUUCUUUCAAAUUUCUGUGCUUCGGCGGAGACAUUUUUUUACCUCGGCGUACAAUUUUUCUUCGAGUUCGGAUAGUCAAAAUUGGCUAAAACCAAAGCGUAUGGUAUCUCAAGUGACAUGGCGCUGAAAAACGACUCAUUGCGUCUUCAGUCGGCAGGCAGAUGAAAGAACGGCAAUUCGGCGGAGAAAUCGGCGAAGAAAAAAUGAACGUAUUUAAGAACUUACGCAAAUUUAUCCGCCGAGCAUCCGCCAAUAAGAAGAAUCAUACUUUUGGUUGAUCAGGGCCGUAUAAGACCUACAACUUUAGUUUUCUCAUCAUAAUUUCUUAAAUGUGUUAAUUUUUUUCUUCGCCGAUUUCUCCGCCGAAUUGUCUUUUUUUCAUCUACCCGCCGGCUGAAGACGUAUUAAGCCGUUUUUAGGCUCCAUACCACCAGGGAUACCACACUCUUUGGUUUUAGCCAAUUUUGACUAUCCGAACUCGAAGAAAAAUCGUCCGCCGAGGUUAAAAAAUGUCUCCGCCGAAGCAUAGAAAUUUGAAAGAAAUGUCAUAUUGUAUCUUCUGGAUCCUUUUCCGCCCAUUUUCUUUACACAUACAACGAUUUACAGCCUUAUUUUGUGAAAAAACACUGCGCCGAAUUCAACGCGGAUUACGGAAGUCUCCGCCGACAAAAGAAAAUUUUUUUUAGAUUCUAAAAACUCCAAGGUUUUUCUGUAAAAUGCAAAAAAAAUUUUUCGGAUUGGACCACCGAGCGCAAAGUUAUUAAUGAAUAGUUUUUUCCAUAAUUCUCUGAACACCCUGUAUAAUGACAUUAUUCUUGUUUCAGUUGAACCUGAUCACCCUUUCCCAGCACCGCAUGAGGCUUGUAAUGGGCGUUUGCCACUUGGAAUUGCACUUGGUAAAGGACAAUCAAGUCGCAAUUGAAGGCUCCAUCAUCACUGAUAAGAGGUACCACUUUCAAACAAUGGACGAAAUGCCCAUGUUUGUCGAGUUCUGGAAGUUUUGGAGCGAUGGGACGGCCACAGUGAUCUUCGAUAACAAUUCGAAUAUUUUGGAGGAGGAUGGAAAUGUAAGCUAAUUUUUUAAAAUUUUUCGGGAUUAUUGAGUGUGAAAUAUGGGUCAUUUUUACCGUAAGGAGUCUAAAAAUUUUGUUCAUGAUUGAUUUUUAGAACCCCUCACCGGCAACUGCACUUUCUCCGUAUACUUCGCAUAAUGGUCCACCAUCAGCUCCGUCAAGGUCGGAGACCACCAGAUCCCCACAAAAUCGACCGAAUUCAGCGGCCGGAGUGUACAUGGUGAACUCACCGGGGGUUCAGACAACAAAUACGGUAAAAAUUUUGGGCAUUUUUUGGCUUAUUUUGAGAUUUUUUGAAGUUUGGAACGAUUUAUUGGGGGUUCGAAAAAAAGUACAUUUUGAGAAAUUUUAAAGACCCCCAAAGUUUUGGAAUGGUUGUAAAAUACGGAGGGAUCUACUGUGUCUUCAUAGUAAUCUUUAAUUUGACCAUAAAAAAAAGGUAUUUAUUCCAUGAUAGUUUUGGUAAAAAAUUUGUGAUUUUUGGCUUAUAAUGGAUGAUUUUUGAACUUUCUGGGCCAAAAAUCAUCAUUUCUUACGACUUUUCACUUGAGGACAAUCUUUUCCAACAAAAACUUUUUUUGAUUUUUGGGCGAAAAUAGGGCGGUCUUGUCCCAAAAUCACAUUUUGAUGAAUGAUAUUUUUGGACAGAACCCUUUGAGUCAUGAUUUGCAAGGGUCUUUCGUUCUUUUCGAGGUGAUAACGGCCGAUGGGUUGUUUUUGGAAGAUGGGUUUUAUAUAUUUUUUGAGAAUUUAUAGGGGAUUUAAAAAAAAAAAAAAUAUGAAAUUUUGGGUUAAUUCUGGGGUUUUUUGUGUGGAAGAGUUGCAAUUAGGGGUUUUGGGAGUUUGGCAUGAUUUUUUUGAGGGAAACCAGAGGUGUUUUUGCGGUUUUGAGAGCAAAUUUAUAUUGUUUUAGACAUUAUGUUAGUGAAAUUUGAAAUUUUUAAAAUUUUUCCUAAUGUUUUUUGUGCUGAUGGGUAGAUUGAGGCUUCAAAAGGAUUAUGGACUUAUUUUUUAGGCAUCGACCUCUCAAAACAGUCAACAGAAGAAGGACGGGCCACCAAAACGGCUCCCGACAGUCAUCGUCUCGGCCGAUUCCCUCGAAACGGUCCUUUCAAACUACCGCUUCCCUAAUCCUGAUGAUGUAUCAGAACCCACACCCCUCGAACAAUACCUCUAUGCCAUCAAUGCAGCAUUAUUUUUGCAGAUCCCCUUCCAAGUAAGCGAUUUUUAUAUUAUUCAUGGGAAAAAGACCUGUUUUUUGGAUUUUUUCUCAAAUUUUGAUUGGUUUUUGGAAAUAGGAUGGUUUAAAAUGUAAUUUCAGGACUCGGAAGACCUCAAGAACUCUGUGAAAGGCAUUCGCCGACAAAUCCGGCCAUCCUCAUCACCCAAAAAUUCGAACGGAUCGGCGAAAAAUGACUCCCCAGCCCCGCAAAACGGCCGUUCCGAAGUGGAAGUCACAUUAGAUUAA